UCUCUUACUAUAAUUUGAGCAUAGAAACAAAAAAUCCUCUUCUCUGUUGCUUAUCUCUCACGUUUCCCUUUCAACCUCACUCCUUCAUCACUCACUCUUUCCGUUUUGCGCCGGCGGGAACUAACCGUCAUUCCGGGUUAGGUUAAUUCCAUGGCGAUUUCAUCUGGGACUGGUAACCAUCAAGAACAACAUGCUCAUGGCAAUUUGGGUCCUGGUAUAUAUUGGACCCCCGAAGAACAAGCUACUCUUGAAGAUUUACUCACAAAGUAUGCCUCAAUAUCGAACAUAGCAUUACGUUAUGCAAGGAUAGUUCCAGCGCUAAAUGAUAAGAGCGUUAGGGAUGUGGCACUGCGAGUCAGGUGGAUGAACGUAAACAAGAAAGUAGAUAUCAGGAGAAGGAAGGAUGGUCACAAUUUGGCACGAAAAAGUAAAGGUAAAAAGAUGCUUACCAAAAGCCAGGAAAGGGUGUCUGACCCUGCAGCAAAAUCAUCUCAAUUUUCUGCUGCUCGACCCAAUGUCCCUCCAUAUGCGCAACCAAUGAUUCCAAUUGACUAAUAUUUUUGUCAAUAUUAAUUGGUUAACAAAACUGAAACCGUUUAAAAAUAUUAAUGGGUUAACAAAACGGAAACCAUUUAAAAGACUAAUGAUUUAAGUGUAUAACAUAUUGAAACCAUUUAACAAGACUAUUUUUUUUCACCAUUUUUGUGAAAAAUUGAAAGUCAUUCAAACACCAUAAACCUCUAAUUUCUUUAAUCCAAAAGCUUCCAAACACUUCCAGAAAUCAAAAUAUACCAAGAAACACGAAGAAAAACCAAUAGAAAAGCAUACCCAAAGUUCAAAAAUAGUUAAGAGAAAACUUAUUUGGUUAGCUCGAUUUAAAGGCAAACUAAGUAAGUUUCGAAUUGAUUCAUGUUCCAAAUCAUGUCCUGAAGCUUUUCCAACCGUUUAUUUUGCUUAUUUUGGUUAUAUACUGAAACCAAAAUAAGCAAAAGAUGUCAUAAUGAUAUCGAAUUAUAUAUUUAUAAUGGUGUAGUAAUGAUGUAGCAAUGAAGUUAAUGAAUCGUUGGUAGCGCGUGUGUAUUAGCUUGUUGAGUUGUGGUAUCUAAGAGUUGUGUUGUGUGAGUAUUCAGUCGUCCAAAAGGAUAAUAUGUUGCUUGUUGUUACUAUGUGUUUGGCUACUUCUUAUAUUACUAUAGAAUUCAGUUAAUUGUGUGACGUUGUUACUCACCCCUUUUCUGGUUCGCC